AUGGCGGAGGCGGCGGAGGCGGCGGAGGGGCCGGCGCGCCGCGGGAAGAGGACGGGAGCGGAGCCCGGGGCCGCGGCGGAGGAGCCGGCGGAGGCGGAGCGGGCCGCGCGGCGGCGGCGGAGCUUGCAGCCGGCGGCGGACAUCCAGGGAACCACGGUCCUGCACGACACCAUCAGCGACCGCCCGCAGCCCCUGCCAGCAAGGUACUUCGACACGAAGACCACGGAGCCCAUCAGCUUCUUCUUGACCGGCCUGGAGGAGCUGCUGGCCUGGCAGCCCAACAGCAACGAUGACUUCAAUGUGUCAGCCGUGCCUCUGGCCAAGCGCCAGCCCCCGCUCCUCAGCAGCAGGCCCCGGACACUGGUGUGCCACGACAUGCGUGGCGGGUACUUGGAGGACAGGUUCAUCCAGGGCUCGGCCACACGCAACCCCUAUGUCUUCUACCACUGGCGCUACAUCGACAUCUUUGUCUACUUCAGUCACCACACUGUCACCAUCCCGCCCGUGGUCUGGACCAAUGCAGCGCACCGGAACAGUGUCCCUGUGCUGGGCACAUUCAUCACGGAGUGGACAGACGGGGAGAAGCUGUGCGAGGCGUUCCUGGCCGGCGGGGAGGAGGCGUACGGCGCCGUGGCCGAGCAGCUGGCCCGCAUUGCCCAGCACUACCGCUUCGACGGCUGGCUGAUCAACAUAGAGAACACGCUGAGCGCAGCGGCGGUGGGGAACCUGCCCCUCUUCCUGCAGGAGCUGACGGCGCGGGUGCACAGCGCCGUGCCGGGCGGGCUGGUGAUCUGGUAUGACAGUGUCCUGAAGGAUGGCACACUGAGGUGGCAGAACGAGCUGAACAAUGCGAACAGGAUGUUCUUUGAUGCCUGUGACGGGCUGUUCACCAACUACAACUGGAAGGAGGAGCAGCUGGAGCGCACACAGAGGCUGGCUGGUCCACGCCUGAAUGACGUCUAUGUCGGCGUUGAUGUCUUUGGCCGUGGGGAUGUGAUUGGUGCUGGCUUCGACACUUACAAGUCCCUGCGCCUGAUCCGCCAGUAUGGCCUCUCUGCAGCCAUCUUUGCUCCUGGCUGGGUCUAUGAGCACCUGGGGAAGGAAAACUUCCUGCAGAACGAGAACAGGUUCUGGGGCUUGCUGGCAGAGUACCUGCCCACCCACAGCAUUUGCACACUGCCCCUCACCACCUCCUUCAGCCUGGGCAUGGGCACCAGCACAUUUCUGGACGGGAAGGAUGAAGAGACUGGGCCCUGGUACGACCUGAGCGCGCAGGACAUCCAGCCACUGUACCCAGAGCACCAGGGCAUGCUGAGCACCAGCUGCUGCCUGCAGGAUGCUUGGUGUGGGGGCAGCUCCCUGCAGCUGCAGGGGACCAUUCCCCCUGGCGAGGAACGCGUGGCUGUCCGCCUCUUCUCUUUGCAGAUGCUGGCCCCCCCCAAGGUCUUCCUGACCAUGCUCUACAAGCUGGAGGGGCCACAGCCUGAUGACUUCACAGUGGCACUGGAGGUCACCACCUGGGACUCAGGGGUGUGCUUUGAGGGCAAUCCUACCUCCCUGCCUGAGCCCAACGGCCGGUACCACCCCCGGUUCCUCCCGGCACCGCCGCCCAGCCUCGCCAAGCUGCUCGCCGCCUGCCACCGUGGCUCCCAUGGCUGGACCAGCCGGUGCUAUGAGCUGGAGCUGCAGGACUGCAGCCUGCGAGACCUCUCCCUGAUUGUGUCCCGCCAGCAGCCCAGCCCGCAGGAGACCUCCUUCACCUGCCUUCUCGGGGAGGUCCGGGUGCUGGACACGGCCAGUGUGGCGGCCUCCCCACCGCAGGUGCACAGCGUGAUGGCCUCGCAGCUCUGGUGGCAGGAGGGCCCCGAGCCCGAGCAGCUUUCGCUCAGCCUCACCCUGCGCUGGUCCUUCCCGCCUGGCCGUGCCAGAUGGUUCCGUGUCCUGAGCCAGGGCGCCCGGUGCCGCCUGGGCCAGACAGCGCUGCAGGUGCUGGGGCUGGCGCAGGGCUGCCUGUUCCGUGCUGUGGGGCUGUCAGUGCCACAGCCGGCGCGCGGACAGUCCUGCCGGCUGGAGCUGCUGGUGGAGCCGGUUCUGCGGGACGAGCUGCCUGUGGACCCUGAGCGCUGGGGCCGCCUCGUGCUGGUCUAUUCCGCACCAGGCAGUGGCACCAGUUCAGAUGGGCAUUAAAGCAACUGUGGUGCA